AUGAAGACCGCAGUCGUUCUAGCCCUGGUCGGCUCCAGCCUUGCGGCCCCCACCUCCACCAUCAAGGAGCGACAGUUUGGCACCAGCAGUGGAUUCGGCUCUCUGACCUCCCUCCUUGCUGACUCUGGCUCGAGCUCCUCCCUCAGCGGUACGGGAACUACCAGCGGACUUGGCUCCCUGUCCUCCCUCCUCGCCGGCUCUGGCUCGAGCUCGAGCCUGGGCUCCCUCAGCGGUACGGGAACCACCAGCGGACUGGGCUCCCUGUCCUCCCUCCUCGCCGACUCUGGAUCGAGCUCAAGCCUGGGCUCCCUCAGCGGUACUGGAACCACCAGCGGACUCGGCUCCCUCAGCUCUCUCCUCGCCGACUCUGGUUCCUCCAGCAGCUUCAGCAGUCUGAGUGGACUCCGCAAGUUCAAGCGCGACACCGUGUCGUCGACCAUGAACGGUGUCACCGACAACACCAGCUGUGAGCCUUUGACGCUGAUCUUUGCUCGCGGAACUGACGAGACUGGCAACAUGGGAACCGUUGUUGGACCUCCUCUCGCCACGAAGCUGCAGUCUUUGACUGAUAGCAAGGUCACAAUUCAAGGUGUGAACUACGACGCUUCUGUCGCUGGUGACUCUACCAUGGGCGAAGACGGUGGUUCCGACAUGGCAACCCUCGUCAAGACGGCUCUUUCCAACUGCCCCGACACCAAGGUCGUUCUGGGUGGAUACUCGGAGGGUGCUAUGGUCGUUCACAACGCGGCCAGCAGCCUUACUGCUGCCCAGGUGGCUGCCGCUGUGCUCUUCGGUGACCCAUUGAAGUCUGAGAGCGUUGGCAAGCUUUCCACCAGUGAUGUGAAGGAGUUCUGUGCCACCGGUGACCCCGUCUGCGAGAACGGUGAGAAUGUCAUGGCUCACCUUUCCUACGGCUCCGAUGCGACUGAAGCUGCGGAGUUCUUGAUCAAGGCUGCCGGCAUCUCCACUAGCUCUUAG